AAUUAAGUAUUCAAAUACAGAUAAGAAAUUAGAGGCAUGGGUGCAAACCCACAAAGGAAAAGAAUGAAAACAACAAAUAAAUAAAAAAUCUAAAAACACGCUUUCGGGGCACAAAACAACUAAAUUAUGUUCUACAACAAUGUUGAAAAAUUUAUUUGCUUUAAGACUCGCCAUUGCUUUAAAGACUUUUACAUAGCAUAGAAACACACUGAAGAAAAACACAAAACAUAGGCGACAUUUUCUUCGGUGAUAAUGCUUACCUAGCUUUUUUUUGCCAAUCGCCAAUAAAAAAUAAAGUAGAAGACCUUUUCCAGCAUUUUUAUAAUGAGAUAGAAGUUAUUUUCUUUUCACAGCGAGAAAAGCGCAUCAUCAAUUUGGCGAGUGAAGCAUCCUGCCUGAGUUCACCAUCUUCGUUCGAGUUUGUGACGUUUCAGGAAGUGCAGAAUGAAGGAAUAAACUGACUAACCGGUUGAGCUGCACAGCGGAGGAAUGCUCGCUAUGUCAAUGCUGUACUUUUCUCUUUUUUACAGUUAAUUUUUAAGAUUAUUUCACUGGGUUCUUAAAAACCUAGGUUUAUCAUCAUAAUUAUUUAAAUACCGCAACUCUGACUAACCUCUUGCUAGCAUCAACACGACAACAAAUCACUCCGCUAAUCAGAUCCUCGCUGAUUUCCAAUGCUGUAACACAACCUUCCGGUUUAUCGUAUCGAUGUCGUGGCAGUAGAGGUUCCAUUGUUUGUACAUCCUGUGCGAAAGAGCAACCACAACACGGAUGUUACUUCUCGCGCACACUCCCGAGGCAUCAUCAUCAUCAUCACCAACAACUGUCAGCCCCUAGGAGCUUUACCACCGGGCUGGCUUCACUUCAGAACCGCAACUGAACAUGGAGGAUGAGGUGUUCCAGCAUGUUGUGUCCGUGUUCAGCUCGCUGGUGUCGUGGGUCGCCGCGGGUGCCAUCAUGUUCGGCGGGGUGGUGCCCUACAUCCCGCAGUACAGAGACAUCCACCGGACCCAGAACGCGGAGGGCUUCUCCACCUACGUGUGCCUGGUGCUGCUGGUGGCCAACAUCCUGAGAAUCCUGUUCAGAUUCGGUCGCUAUUACGAUGAUGCGCUGCUGUGGCAGAGCAUCAUUAUGAUCUGCACCAUGCUGGUCAUGCUCAACCUGUGCACCAACGUCCGCAUGGCCGCUGAACUCAGCACCAAGAGGCGCUCCUUCUUAGCGACAGACAGUAAGGACGAGGAGGUCAGAAUCCCUAAGAGGCUCUUUCUGGACUUUGACUGGACCUACUUCUGGUCCUGGAGUCGCUUCGUGGACUACCUUCAUUGCGUGCUGGCCUUCACGCUGCUGGCGGCCUACAUCACCUACCUCCUCCUGGACUCGGUGCUGUUCGUGGAGACCCUCGGCUUCCUGGCGGUGUUCACCGAGGCAAUGCUGGGAACGCCGCAGCUCUACUGCAACUACCAGAACAAAUCCACAGAAGGCAUGAGCAUCAAGAUGGUGCUGAUGUGGACCAGCGGCGACACCUUCAAAACAGGCUACUUUCUGCUCACGGAGGCCCCCAUGCAGUUCUGGACGUGCGGAUUGCUGCAGGUUUUUGUGGACAUCGCCAUCCUGUUCCAGGUCUACUACUACAGCCGCUACCCGCAGAAACCUGUGUCCCACACCGUCUCCCACACCACCAGUGCCAAAGCUCUCUGAGGUGUUGCCACGUGUCCCGAGGAAACUCCGAAAGGCGAGCGGCGAGGAAGGAGGGGGGGGGGGACGCCCAAAAACACGCACCAAAGGAGUUGCUGCUUCUGCACCUCGGCGGUCGCAGCAAUACCUUGAGGAACGCUGAACAAUCAUGAAGACUUCUUUCUUUCCCGGCGCUGAAAAUGCAUGCAUCGUGCAAUCGCACCCCACUCAACAAAUCAGCAUGUGGAGGAUUUUUUUUAAAAAUUCUAUAUGCGUAUAUUUUUUGUUCCAAGAGCAAAAACGCAACAUAUGAGAAUUAUUGAUAUGUUCGGAGCUCAGAGGAAGGUGGAUGAGUUUUUGGCACAUGCUGAUGAAUGUUGCACGGAACCUCUGCCUUAAGACUCGUAAUCAAACACGGCUCAACGCAUUGCCAGCAAUCCGAGUGGUGUGUUCAAAACCCGUAGAAAUCCACGUUACUGAAUGUGCAAACAGGCAUGUCUGGUCUAGUUGGACAGAAGUUCAAAAUCAUUGUUUUGUUUUCUUUUGGGGUUUUUUUUUUUUUUUUUUCAUAAGACCAAAUCAGGAAGGAAUUCUCUGAGAAUUUUUUCUCUGACUCUCCAGGACGUUACACUGGCCUGAAAAUGCAUCAUUUAGAAAAAACAAUAUUAGUGGCCUUGAGAUAGAGAUAAGAAACUCAAGUUCCCUAUGGCAACAUAUGUUUUCUAUCUGCCGUUGAUAAAAAAUUUUCUAUGAUUAUUUUUAUUAUUACUCUGAUGCCACAGAUUUCAGCCUAAGCUUUGCUUUUUUUGCCUCCACUCGACUGCUGGGUUGUGUCAUCAGAAGCUGGGCUGAUUCAUUGAAGCACAUGGGUUUUAUAAUUUGGGUUACUGAUAUUGUGUUCAUUGUUGAUGCUAAAAAGUGUCUUGUAUAUGUAAAAAAAAUAAUAAAAAAUUCAGCGCAGUUUUAGGACGCCCUCCUAACGGAGCUGGUCAGAUUUUCUGCAUAUUCAGACUUUGUUCCCGAUUCAUUGCUGUGGACCGAUUGCAAAAAUGUAACCAAAUUAAUGCAUUAUUUAAUAAUCCACAUGUGACAUCGUCCAUAUUUUCUGGGUGAGGCACGAUGUAUCGCUGUUUCUUCUGUUCUAUUUCUUCCCCUCAAAUUUAAAUCUUUCAAAUCGUUAAGCAAAUUUUAAUACAAAACUUCCAAGAUUUAAUUUAUGAAAAGGACAAAAAGUGACCAGACCAGCCUGGUUCUGUGUGAAAAUGACAUGAACACCAGCCGGACCCAUGUCCGAUUGGUCCUUAUGUAGAACCUGCUUGACAACAUGAAGUAGGCUAAAAGAUCUCAAAAAGCUACACAUCAUAUUUGAAAUCAAAUCGGAAUAAAUGUAAUUAUAUUUAUCAGGUUGGAAACAAACCCCUUUAGAAGUUUGUUUUCAGAUUUUACACUAGAGUACACAGGUACAAAACACAACAAGUCCACCUCUGAAAGGUUUUAGGGUGGUGUAGUCAAAGUCUUGACUUCGAGAUGCCAUUAUAUGACAGGCAUUUCAUGCUCGUAGACCCUCCUAAGUGACCGUAUUGAUUGUACAAAGAGUGGGUUAAAAAUUCUCUGCAGUAAAAUACUUAUUUCCAGUUACUGAUUGUUUACGUUUUCACAUGGGGUCAGUUUGGUUUGGAUAUCAUUUUUCGUUGUUGUGUUGCCUUUUGCAUUCAUUUUUAUUUGGUUGUGUUUAGUUGCGUGUUUGAUAAACUGAAACAAAAGCCAAAAACAGAAGAAAUCUGUAAAUGGACAAAUCCUUAAUGCCACAGACCGUUUUUGUUUUUUUUUAAGUAUUGCAAAAUUUCAUUCGCACUGAAUUCUUUAAUCCAGUUCAGGUCUUUCUCAGCAUUCAGUUACCCUGGAAAUUUAGAUUGACAAAUCUUAAACGGACAAAACCCCUUUUGUCAAUUUAAGAACUGUUGUUCUUUUCUUUCCUGGAUUCAUUUGUAAUUUCUCUUUUACAAACUUUGCGUUCUGUAUUACUCUGUCCUAAAAGCCAUGUAACAGACUGAAAGCACUUUGUUUUGAAAACGGUGUUGUGCAAGUUUAAAUGUGAGAAAACGAACCACAUAUUUUGUUGUGUACAGACUGGGUCCAGUCAAAUGAACCCAUUUGACUGGGUUCAUUUGACUCACAAGAUCUUAAUAUCUUGUGAGAGAAAAAAAAUUUCGCCGAAUUGAUUCGAUUUGUGUAAAUGGAAGUGUUUAUAUUCUCAAUUUUUGUACCUCCCUUUUUUGUUUUGUUUGCUUUUGUUAGUAAGCAGAAUUUUAUACCUUUCAAAUGAAAGGUAUAAAAUUCAAACUGUGCUACUGUGUCAGAAUGAGGUAUGUUACUCUGGCCAUUGUGUCACUGUCUUUAUUUUUAUUUUUUUUACUGUUUUCCCCAAUAUUAUUAUAUUAUCAACCAAAUAUUUGGUCUUGAAAGGUUAAUGCUAAGAACCUUAAGAGAUCAAACUGUGUUUUCUGCCUGAUCAACUAGAAAAGUAGGUUUGGCUGCUGUCAGUUGAGUCGCUCCAUGUAUUUUGUAUUAAAACCUGAGGGAAUCUUCAUCAGCGCAGACAGAGAAUCUGCAUAAAGUCUUAUGAGAUUAGGUAAUGUUUAUAUUAGGUCAUUGGUGCAGUUUGUGAUUUUUCAGCUCAUCCUCUUUCAUUUCUGUUGCUCACAGCAUCAACAACUAAGGGAUAAUUAGAACUGCAUUUUCUCACCUAGCUGUUAGCCAUUGCCUGUGCAUCAGCACCCAAAAUAUCUCCUCAAUGUGAGCUAGCCUUUAGGAGUAAUGGCUAGCUCACCUCAAAGCAAGUAACAUGGAUGUUGGGGUGAUGUCAAGCUGACACCAUUUUCAGUUGUAAUUUUGAAAGCCAAUUGGAUUUGCCAAGUUUUAAAAAUAAAGGUUUACAAAGCCUACUGACCAAACCUGCUGCUUUAGUCAAUGCAAAUUGAAAAUGGUGUGUUUAUCAGCAUUUUCUACAUACAAUGAGAGGUUAAAAAAAUAAGCAUUUUGUUACCAAAACUGUAGCUAUGAUAUGAUAUUGGAUUUUGAAGUUGGGGCUUGUUAGAAAACUUUGACUCCUCACACUUAUGACUUGAAGAGACAUUCCAGUUGAUAUUCUACAACCUGGAACUUGGAAAUUCAAAAUCUACCAACUUAUUGGACGGGUUUGACAUUCCGAAGGUAAUAGAACCACGAUUAAAAAUACCACUAUCUCAGUAAUAACACAAAUCUAAAGCAACAAUGUGUAGUAUAAUUUCACUGCUGUUAUUAGAACAGCCUUCCAACAAGCUCAGUUUGCCAACUUUAGUUUUAAAAUGCCAUCGUCUUACCAAAGUGUUUUUCUUUGCAACUUGAAAUACUUCCUAACAGUUUUUUUAUUGUUUGAUUUGUAAAUGAACUAAGUUCAGCGUAGAAAACCAUUUUCCCAGUCCCAACAAUGCUUAGCAACAGGUCAGUACUGCAUUACUACUGCAUGUUCCACUUUUUUGUGGCAUUUCAUGGACAAUAAACAGCAGAAAUAAUAAGAAAAAUGUGGUUGAUUUCAACAUAAUUUUUUACUGUACGAAGUCUGUUUACACAGCACUCUUCUAGUAAAGAGAUUAUGUAGCUGUUUCUCCAACCAGCUAGCAACAUUACCUCAUUAUCAUAACAACAUUAUCUCCUCGUCAGUAUAGUGGCAGUAUCCCUGACUGUCACGUGGGAGACCGGGGUUCGAUUCCCCGAUGGGGAGUGAAGUUUGUUUCAGGUCCCUCUUGAAAAUGAGAUCUAGAUCUCAACGGGGUUUACCUGAUUAAAUAAAGGAAUUAACAAAUUAACAUAUUGGCUACUUUCUGUCUUACAGUUCUGCCUUUGUGGUCUGAAGUUGGAUUUCUUUCUUUAUCUUUUUGAGGUACAAGGCAGAAAUACAAUUAGAAUUAAAACUGAAAAAAAGCUUGACUAGCAGCUUUAAGUUUGCUUUCCAACAUAGCUGUGUGUAUGUAAAAUGCAGUGUAGAUGGCUGGUGCUAAGCUAUUUAUUAGCACUUCUGUUCCUUAUGUGUUUUAACUCUCAAAUAAAGAGACAAACAUUAUUCAUUACCGUACAGCUAGUAGUUUUCAAUACAACAAUUAGCACGUCCCUUGUUUUCUUACUAGCUAGAUUUAUUUUUUCUAAUCAGAAAAACUAGUUUUCUAGUAGAAGCUAGCUUUUAGCCUUAGUAGCUAGGAGCUAGUAAGAAAACAACAGAAUACUUCUAACUUGGGAGACAUGUCUAAUCAAGCUAACGUCUUAGCUAGAAAAUUGGCAUUGGCUUUGUAGCUCUGUUAGCAUAACUACGCUUUAGUAACCUGCUGUAAAGAUUGAUGACUGUCCUUUUUUGAUGUUGAUACAUAUUACAUCGUAACAGAUCUUGUAGAAGAUGACUUUAUUCAUAGCGUAAAUUUCACAGGAAUAAAAAAAAUUAUUGAAAAGCAAAGUGGUUAAAAUCAUAAUUAUAUAAACAUUAGUAUGAAAAGAAGAAUUCUUUUGGAUUAAAAAGCGUAUUAAUAAAAAAAUAAUAUGGCCUGUUGGCAGAUUAGACCUAACACUCUCCAGCUUUAUAGUGGCAUGUUAAUGAUUAUAAGGGCACAAAGGAGUACGACUCCUGUAAUACUGCUUGGCAAUGUUAUUGCCUAACAGGACCAUCGCAUUGGUCCUGUUAGGCUACAGAGAUUCAGAUUCCAUGUUUCAAAAAUACAAUUAUUUAUGAUAAAUGAUUACCAAAGCUUGAGUUGUUAUAAAAUGUAACUACUUUUGUAUUAUGUCAACCUUCAGUAUGUUCAACAAAAACUUCAUGUUUUCCUCUGUCAGUGAACAGCACUAUUGCUUACUUCAAAUCUAUUAUAUCCUCCUCCAUGGCUCCAUAGUGCAGCAUAUUGCUGUGCUCAUCGUUGGCCAAAUGAAAAUAAUUUCCUUUUUAGGGACUGACUGGAGAGCACUGAUUUUAAGUUUCUUCUCUGUUUGUAUUUUGGAGGAGGAGCACAGGCUGUCAGGCCUUCAGUGAGACCUGAUUCUGUCCUCUUUUGCAGCAGAAACGUCUCUUCGUUUACACACGGACCGGCAAAACGCUGCUCUGAAUAUUUUUAGGUGGUAGAAGAAGAAAAAAGAAAAAAAAUUUAUCCACCUUGAGUGACUCUGUGGCAGGAGCUGAAGUGUACAUUUUGUACGACUAUUUUAUUACAUGCUUUUUGUACUAUCUUUUAAUGCCAAUGUGAAGCGGUGAACGGCUGUUAUUUAAAGUCUGUCGUCUGGAUCAGAUCAAGUUGAGCUCAGAGUGGGACUGUUUUUGACUGUUUCAAUGCAUCACCUUUUUUCUGUUUUCUCUCUAAACCUAGAAACCAUUGGCUUUUUUUCCUUUUUCUUUUUGUAUGUACCAAAAAUAUCAGUACCAACUGUUUGUUUUUAUUGAUCCUCCUGCUGUUGCUUCGUUUUUCCAUGAAACUUUCGGUCCAGUUCGACGGCUCACGGACACUCUGGGCUGUUUACAGAGUGUUAUCAAAUGCAUUACCACCCAAUAAAGAAGACACUGCUGAA